CCUGGCCUAAUAGCUGUGUUUCAUGGAAUGAUUGACUGUAGGGUCUAUUUCCUUGGGGCCCUCUGUAGCAGCAGCAGUCUCAUGGAGGCCUCUAGCUUGAGGAGACAGUGGACUAGGCCUGCUCAGGCAGCUGCAUGCUGGCUGUUGAUUCCUCCCCCGGGUUCCAUUCCUGGGGAUGGGGCAGACAGAGGUUCCCUGGGACUAGAGGGACCAGCUAGCAAGUGUAAAAAAAUCAGGACAGGGAGUGGGGGGGGGUAAGUAGGUGCCUAUCUAAGAAAAAGCCCCCCCAAACCAGGACUGUCCCUACAGAAGUGGGAUCUCUGGUCACCCUACGUAGGGCUUCCCCUGUCUCUCAGGGAGGAGGAAGGCGGGGCCUAGGAGCCUAUUAUCCUGCUGAGCCUAGAAAGCGUCUGCCUGAUCUGCAGCCAGAGCAGCGACUUGCUGCUUCUCCAGCCGCGCAUGCUCACUUCAUGCGUCAGUCCCUGUGUCGUGGACUCCGCCCUCGCCCUCCGAGCAUGCGCUCUCGUUUCCUCGUCCCCGGGCCCCGCGCCUGCGCAGUGCCCAGAGGCGCCGGAGCUCUGUGGCGGCGGCGGCGGCGGGGAAAUGGCGGCCGUGGUGCUGGUGUCCGUGGAGAGCGGCUCGGGGAUGAUACCGGCCGGGAGCCCGGCUGCGUGCGGGGCUCCCGCGGGUCCCUGUGGGCCGGGGUCGUGGAGCCGUUCCCUGGACCGGGCCCUGGAGGAGGCGGCGGUGAGCGGGUCCCUGAGUCUGAGCGGCAGGAAGCUGCGGGACUAUCCGCGGGGCAGCGCCGCCAACCACGACCUGAGCGACACCACGCAGGCCGAUUUGUCACGGAACAGACUCUCGGAACUUCCUGCAGAAGUGUGUCACUUUGUUUCCCUUGAGAGCCUUAACUUGUACCAGAACUGCAUUCGUUACAUCCCAGAGGCCAUCCUGAACCUACAGUCUUUAACAUUUCUAAAUAUCAGUCGAAACCAGCUUUCAACAUUGCCAGUACACAUGUGUAGUCUACCGUUGAAAGUUUUGAUAGCAAGUAAUAAUAAGUUGGUCUCACUACCUGAAGAAAUUGGACAGCUCAGACACCUGACAGAGCUUGAUGUGAGCUGUAAUGAAAUACAGACAAUACCUCCGCAGAUUGGCAGUCUGGAGUCUUUGCGUGACCUGAACAUCAGGAGAAAUCAUUUGGUGCAUUUACCUGAAGAGCUUGCAGAAUUGCCUUUGAUUCGAUUCGAUUUCUCCUGCAAUAAAAUCACAACAAUUCCUGUUUGUUUUCGGAACCUCAGGCAUCUUCAGACAAUCACACUAGAUAACAACCCUCUACAGUCACCCCCGGCACAGAUAUGCAUAAAAGGAAAAAUCCACAUAUUUAAAUACCUGAACAUAGAAGCAUGCAAGAUAGCUCCAGACUUGCCUGAUUAUGAUAGGAGGCCCAUGGGAUUUGGCUCUUGCCAUGAGGAACUGUACUCCAGUCGUCCCUAUGGAGCACUAGAUUCUGGUUUCAAUAGUGUGGACAGCGGAGACAAAAGAUGGUCAGGGAAUGAACCUACAGAUGAGUUCUCAGACCUCCCUCUGCGAGUGGCAGAGAUCACUAAAGAGCAGAGACUGCGAAGAGAGAGAGAGUACCAGGAGAACCGAGGGAGCACGGUUGUAACUAAUGGUGGAGUGGAACAUGAUCUGGAUCAGAUUGACUAUAUUGAUAGCUGUGCCACUGAAGAGGAAGAGGAAGAGGUGAGGCAACCCAAGUGCAUGGAGUCAGAGAGCCUCAGCUCACAAUUCAUGGCCUAUAUUGAACAACGGCGAAUCUCUCAUGAGGGCUCACCAGUAAAGCCAGUGCCCAUCAGAGAUUUUCAGAGAACAGAAGACACAAGACGAUACUUGCAUCAAAAUAGGGAUACUGAUGAAUUACGAAGACCAGAAACACUAACCUUGAUGCAGGACAGAGAGCGACACCAAGGACAGAGGAGUUAUGUAGACAAGGCAGAGAGAGCUCCAGCUGAUUCAUCUUACCUUCUAUCUCUGUCCAACAACCACAGUCAGAUCUCUCAUACAGACGUUGAACUUCACCGAAGGCGAGAGCAUGUAGUGGAGCGCACUCGGAGAGAGGCCCAGCUCGCAGCACUUCAGUAUGAGGAGGACAGGAUGAGGACGAAACAGAUCCAGAGGGAAGCUGUGCUUGACUUUGUCAAACAAAAGGCAUCCCAGAGUCCUCAGAAGCAAAGUCCUCUGGAUAGUGAGUGUCCUUUUCCAUCCAGAAGGUCUCAGCACACUGAUGAUAGUGCCUUGUUAGUGUCGCUGUCAGGGUUGAAUCAAGAGGGCUGUGCUACCACCCUGCCUCAUGCCUUCAGAUCUGUCAAGAGUGAUGACAGACCCACUAUAUCAGCAGCUUCACCGACUACCCAAACAGUCCACCUUUCCUCUCUGUAUCCUGGCCCUGCCGCUCCUCCUUCCUAUAGAAACCCUUCCCAGCGACCUGAGAGUUUCCUUUUCCGAGCAGCUGUAAGGGAUGAAAUGAACAAAGCUGUUGCUUCAUCUCCCUCUUCUGCCACAUCUCCUCCUAAUGAUUCUACAGACCCCAAAGCAAGGCAGAACUCCAAGCAACGUGAGGAAGAGUUGGAGCUAAUAGAGCAACUGCGGAAGAACAUUGAGUCACGGUUAAAAGUGCCUUUGCCCAGUGAUCUUGGAGCAGCUCUUACUGACGGAGUUGUUCUCUGCCACUUAGCCAAUCAUGUGCGGCCUCGAUCUGUUCCCAGCAUCCAUGUCCCCUCGCCUGCUGUACCUAAGCUAACAAUGGCAAAAUGCAGACGAAAUGUGGAGAAUUUCCUGGAAGCUUGCAGAAAGAUUGGUGUGCCUCAGGAGCGAUUAUGUUUGCCUCUGCAUAUUUUAGAAGAGAAAGGUUUGACACAGGUAGCAGUGACAGUCCACGCACUUCUGGAGCUUGCACCCCCAAAGCAGCAGCAUCACCACUUGUCUGCUGCGUAAAGAUCUCCAGGACCUUUUGGUUUCCCUUGGCUAAGGAGAAGAACAUGAAGACUUUACUGCUGGUGCAGUGUAUCCAAACACACAGAGCUUGGUUCUAAGAAGGAAAUUAGCUUCUGUGAUUCCUGACAGGAAUGUUUUGCUUCAUUUCUCCACUUUUUUGGAGAUCACACCAGUUUCCAUUUAAUUUUUUACCAAUAUUUUUCCCCUUUAUAAAGUGAGGUUUUUUCCGUGGGGAAAAUUCCUUUGUCUGGUUGUUUAGAAGCAUCUGUUAAAACUGACUAUGUAGAUGUAGGGAAUUUAUAUAUACAGUUGGAAAAACGGUAAGAUUCCUACUAGGAUGUAUUUCCAAAGGGGAUGUUUCCAUUGCAACACAGUGAUGGAGACUGCUUGUCCUCCCCAGGAGUCCCAGAGAGAGUUUUCCCUGCUUCUAAGAAACGCCAGCUCUUUCCAGUGCAUAUAAAGAUCACAGGUUAAGACUGUGUUUUGAAGCUGAUGAGUCUCAGUUUUUCAAAGCAAGACUGAAAGUGAUCCUUCAGUCUGUGUUGGCAUGUCCUCAAUAUUCAAAAAAUAUAGAGAGUGCUGUUUUGUUCCAGGGAAAACAUACUGCUUGUUACCUCUAUAAGUAACACACAUUUCAGUGAAAGAUACUAAACCAUAACUGUUCAAAUAGUUUUAUUAAACAAAUCAAAAUAUUUGCUGGCUUUAAGCUUCUGUUGGUUAUAAAUCUCUCUUUGUAUUGGAAUCUUCCCCACUUCAGUGGGAAAGAUCUUACCCCUUUCUUGCCCUCUCCUACCCAUCAUGGGGACUCGGUUACUAAAUGGUAAUGUUAAAUUGGUCUAUGGCUUGUAUGUGCUGCAAAUAAUGACUGAAGAUUUUCCUAUGGAGAAUCAUGUACCUAUUUUCAUUUCAGUGCAAAUAAUCGUAAGCUAUCAAACCAUCCAUUAGAGAUCUGCUAUCCAAUUCUGUUUUCAAUUGAAAACAACACACAACCACCCCCUUACACCAAUGAAGACCCCAGUUAUGUAGGAACAAAUUAUUGUAGGAAAGAAUGAGAUUAUUGAAUUCCUGGAGUGGUUCUGUGUGUUGGCAUAACGCUCAGCUUUCAAAAUGCCAGUCUUUUGCAAAAGGAAAUUUCUGCGGGUGGGUUUGAGAGAAUGUGUUGUUAAAGCAUGUUUUCUUGUAGUUCAUACAGUGCUAUAAACUGCCUUUACUCCCCUCCGCCUACCUCCUUUUCCCCAAAAAGUGGAAAUUCAAAAUAUGUGAACAGGAAACUGAAAAUAAGGUAUGAUGUUACUUUAAAGGUGACUGGCAAAGUCCAGAAUUCUCUGCUGCCUUGGCCCCCUGACUAGGCUGGGUCACAUCCAGCCCUGCAGUAACUUUAUUUUUUGAUAUAGUAACAAUUUAAAUUUAAAUAUAGUAACACUGUUCUCCCACAAUGAAAUCCUCUUGCUAUUCCCUGGGGUAUCCCAGAAGACACCUCUGCCAUUAUCAUGGAUUGCACAGGGUGUGAAUGAGACUUCUGGUAUUUGUGGUGUUCCAUUCUGGGGUAUUGUUAGUGAACCAGUAAUACCAAGAGGUUUUCAGAAGGGAUGAAGUGAGCAGAAGAGAUGGAAAAAGGGUUAGUUAAAAGUUUUCUUUGCUGUAAUAAGCCUGGUCAUGGGAACAUUUGAGCACAGAAGUCUGGGCUUAGCUGAAUUUUCCCUUUAGAUUUGUCAUUCCAUUCUCACCCUGAUUUGUUUGCAUAAUAAUUAUUUCAUGGUAGCUUGUGGUAACUGUUGUCUCAACGAUUUCACAUAAGGAAAUAUUUUGCUUCAUAUUGGUGUUGACGCCACUGAUCACACCAUAAGUCUAGAAAAACACGUGAAGGAUAUUUAAAACUAGAGUCGCACAGUUGAUAAGAGAAAAUAUUUUCAUAAUGUGUAAGUGGCUGCCUUGGGUUCUGGAAGAUCUGAGUAUGCCAGUAACGUGCAUCAUAAAAAGGAAGAGAGCAGCUCUGUACAGGUACACCUUCCCCCAGCAAACGGUUAGACUGUGUUCACAGCACCUUGUUCCAAGGGAAGGCUUGCAAAGGACAGAGCUGGUCCUUGAAGGAUUAUGUGGCAGUGAAAGGAGAAUUUUUUUUACUGCAGUCUCUGCCCUUUGUUGAAUGGGGAAUGGCAUCUCACUGCUGACACUAUAGACUAGUGGUUCCCAAACUUUUUCCCCCCACCCCCAUCCCCUGAAGCAGUGGGGCCAGUUCAGAUAUUUCUUGGGAGGAGGCAGAUUUUUUCAACCCUGUGCCGCCCGGUCCCACAGCCAGCCCUACUCUCCCCUUGUCACCCAUUCCCCAGGGUAGUGGGAGGAGUUGUCAUUGCACCGUGGAGCAGGCGGGGCACACGGACUGGGCACUCCGGCCCAUCAGUGGUGGCAGCAUGGGCUCCCCAGUGCUGCAGCUCCCUGCCAGGCUGGGGGUUCUCAUUUCAGCACUGCCAGCCCUUGGAUUCUUCUGCCAGCAGCAGAGACUAGCCUCUCUGCAGACAGCUCCGUGCACCCCAGGAUGGGACCAUCAGCAGCUUCUCUGCCUCCCCUCCCUGCUGGCUCGAGGCUUCCAGCAACGCCAAGUGGAGAGGCCGGCGGUUCUUGGAGGGCCCAGCAGGCAGAGCGGGAUUGGGUGCCGCGCAUGUCCCCUCCAGAGCUCCCGCCUCCCUCACACUGCUCCUUACCCCUCCUCCCUGAUGGCGCAAAAUCUUGCAACCCUCUGCAGGUUGUGACCCCCCGUUUGGAAAACUCUGAUAUAGACAAUUCUGCCAUAGACCAUAAAUGCUUUCUUUGGGGUUGUCUACAAAUCAUUGUUAAAGGGGAGUAACAAAUGAAUCUGAAUUCUCAGUACUAGAUACUUUGCAUUCUGUGUACCUGGGUAUUAGGUUUUGUUUAAUAGAUCGAAAGAAAUCUGUUAAACUUAAUGUGGAAUUGUGAGAGUCUGUUAUUUGCUCCAGCCCAGCUUCCCGGACUUACAGAAACUGACUGUAACAGCAUUCAUGUUGGUAGAAGUUGGACAUUUCAUAAAUGUUAAUUUUUGGAAAACUAACCACACCUCUACCCCGAUAUAACAUGAAUUCGGAUAUAACGCGGUAAAGCAGUGCUCCAGGGGGGCGGGGCUGCGCACUCCGGCGGAUCAAAGCAAGUUCGAUAUAACACGGUUUCACCUAUAAGAUUUUUUGGCUCCCGAGGACAGCGUUAUAUCGGGGUAGAGGUGUAUUUGGAGUGUGAGCCUGACUUUCAGUGAAUAGCCACUUCUCAGUGUGUCUUGUAAAAUCAGCCACUGUCGCACACAAAUGUGUGUAGACGAAUUUUACAUCAGCAACUAUGCUUGUAUGCCUGGUCAGGUGUAUGCUCCUAUUUUCUUUACAGUUCUAAACAAACGUUUCACUCGAGCAAGUACACAUUUGUGUGGUCAUGUUAGUUUGACUCUUUAAUUUUCUGUUUUUGUGCUGGCAAACACUAAACGUUGACCAGACAUCGAGGAUGAAAAUCCAAAUCGGAAAUUUCAAGAUACGGUUUAUUUGUGAUGUAUUAUACAAAAAAACCCUUCCAUUUUCUGUUGUAAAUAAAUGGGUUGGGAUUUUUUGGUAUAUUUAUGUGCAAUUUUUGUUAUAUCCAGUGAAAAAAUAUUUUAAAGAAAACACAUUGGAUUUCAUUUUGUGUGCUAAAGCAAGAAUCAAUUGUGGUCUUUCCCUUUUGGGGCAUUUGUGUUGGGGAAAAAUCCAUUUCAGAGUGUAGCGCUUGCUAGUAGGUUUAUGUUAACUCCGCUGUGUAGUUAACCUUGCUAAGCACUGAAGAACAUUGAGGAUCGAUAACGUUACGAAAUAGAAAUUGAAGUGGCACUGGCACUUAAUGGUCCUUGACGGUGUUGAAAUGAUCUGGUCAGGAAAUAGGGGUUUUUGAUUUCUCCUCCUUGAGAGCUAGCGACGGGGGAGACUUGUUCGGAAAGCCCCUUCCUUGCUGGGUUAUUAAAUUCUAGACAACGUUUUACAGCACUGAGAACACUUCUGUUGCUCUUAGCAGUGACGUGAUAACUGGUGUUUUUUUUUUAAAUCUUUUUAUGACUUUAAAUGGUUCUUUGACAUUUUUGUUUUAGAAGCAGAGGAAUUCUAAGGUGGAUUUAAACAUUUUAAAAAAUGGUUUGUAUAGAUAUUGUGUUUUACAAACAAUCUAAUUUUGUUUCUGAAAACCUUGUAAACGUGUAAUUAAUAGAGUAAAGGAUUUUUAAAGCUCCGCCCAUACUUGUAUGUCUGUAAAUACAUUCCAUAAUUUCUAAGACUGUUAAGUAUAAAUAUGCCAGAAUAUUGUGUACUUUAUUUUAAAUUGCCUGUAUGCUGCUAGUUGUGUGAACUUCUAGCACACUGAUAAUAUAAAACCAAAUACCUGGGUAAUUUGAAAUAAAGUUUUAAAACCGA